AAUAUAUAAUUUGAAAUAUUACAUUUGUAAUGCCUGGCUUGUAUGUAUUUCCUCGUUUUCUAAACCUAUCUAGUCUCACUCGAAGAUAGGAGUUCUUGGAGACGUUAUGGACUUUUAGUGGAGUGUGUAGGGUUGUCUCGGCCUUUUCUUGGGGCGUUAGCCUUAGCUACACUUUGGGUUUCCUUAGCCUUAGCACGGUAUUGGCAUUUAGUUUUGUUAGGGGAGAGUUUAUGUUUGAAGGGAAUUUGCGCUACAUUUUUCAUAUAUAUCAGCUCUUUUAUCUGUUACAACCAUAGUCACAUGGAACGCGGUACGGAAACCGGUACGCAGUUCGUGCCUUUCUAAAGAUCGGUACGUUGGGGGGUAGGUUCAUUUGGGAACGCUAAUUCGGUACGUGGUACGGUGUAUCCUAUGGCGUACCACUGUAGUCUGGUACACGUAUCAUAUAUAUAUAUAUAAAGUAUAAAAUAGAUCUUUCAUUAAAUUGAUUGUUACAACAGGUAUUUAUAGUUAACAUGGGAUGGGUAAUAAUUACAGUUUGUUAAUUGUAGUGUGAAAAGUUAAUAGCGCCAAUUAAAAACAGGGGAAACAGAACUGUUAUACAUCUUUCCAAUAAGUGUCAAUUGGCUUUUCAACUUCCGGUACAUGAAUCUGGCCGUACCAGAACGCCGGCCACUACAAUCGGAAACGCGUUUCAGAUUGAUUAAAAACGUGAAUUUAGCGAUUGGAACACUAUUGUAGAACACAAUCGGGAACGGUUCAAUUUAGUGAUCCAGUACGCGUACCAGAGGCGAUUGGGAGUGUACGCGAUUCGGUACGAACGAUCUGUGUCCGUAUUCUUCUAUCUGACAUGGCUGGAAGAACGCCUCUUUAUAGAGAUGCCUACGUUUUCUUCAGUUCUUCCGUUCCAAAAGAAUUGGUUAAUUACAUUAAGAAGGAACCAAAUUUAAAAUCUCGUUUACGUGCUAUGAAAGAGAUGAACUUGGAGUACUUCGCCAUUGAUAGCCAGUGUUUUAUAACUGAUAACACAAUGGCUUUGGGAGAACUUUACGGGAAUGAGGAAAUGACCCGAAAAGGAGACGAAUGUUUAAAUGUGAUGGCUGACCGUAUUGCAACCGUCUUUGCUUCAUUAUUGGAGUUCCCAUUUGUACGUUACCGUGCUGCCAAAUCCCUUGAUCCUACCACAAUGACCACAAUUUGUGAUUUGAUCCCUACAAAGCUCGCUGCUGCUGUUUGGAAUUGUCUUAUGAAGUAUAAAUCUCUGAAGAACUUCAAUUUCCCUCAGACGGAAACAUGCGAUUUGCUCAUCCUCGAUAGAUCAAUAGACCAGAUUGCGCCUGUCAUUCACGAAUGGACAUACGAUGCUAUGUGCCAUGAUUUACUUAAUAUGGAUGGAAGCAAAUACGUUCACGAGGUUGCAAGCAAAACAGGUGGUCGUCCUGAAAAGAAAGAGGUCCUUCUAGAAGAUCAUGAUCCUGUAUGGCUAGAGAUGCGCCAUUUGCAUAUAGCAGAUGCUGGUGAACGUUUGCAUAACAAGAUGACAAGCUUUGUGUCAAAGAAUAAAGCUGCACAGAUGCAUGGUUCAAGAGGUGACGGUGAGUUGUCUACUCGAGACUUGCAAAAGAUGGUUCAAGCAUUGCCGCAAUAUAGUGAACAAAUGGACAAACUAUCCCUCCAUGUUGACAUUGCUGAAAAGAUCAACAAAAUUAUUAGGGAGUCGGGCCUUAAAGAAGCGGGACAGUUAGAACAAGACCUCGUGUUUGGAGAUGCAGGAACCAAGGAGGUCAUUAACUUCCUUAGAACAAAAAUUGAUGCUCCACGUGAAAGUAAAUUGCGAUUAUUAAUGAUCUAUGCUGCAACCCAUCCGGAUAAAUUUGAGAGUGACACACUUGCAAAGUUGAUGGAGUUAGCAGGACUUCCAGAUGAUGAUAGGAGAGCCAUAUACAAUAUGAGAUUUCUCCAGGGUUCGUCAGAUUCUAAAAAGAGCUCACUCGGUGCCUUCACUUUAAAAUUCGAUGCUCACAAGAAGAAGCAUGGGUUAAGAAAACACCGCGCUGGUGAGGAAUCAACCUGGCAGUUAUCACGGUUUUAUCCAAUGAUCGAGGAUUUAAUCGAAAAGCUUAGCAAAAAUGAACUGCCGAAGAAUGAUUACCCUUGUAUGAAUGAUCCGAGUCCCACUUUUCACGGGAGAUCACAGUCUGAGUCAGCAGUUCCACCUGCUCAAUCAGUGAGAUCCAGACGAACAGCUACGUGGGCCCGGCCUCGAGAUUCCGAAGAUGGGUAUUCAAGUGAUUCCAUUCUCAGGCACACAUCUAGCGAUUUUAAGAAAAUGGGUCGACGCGUUUUUGUAUUUAUCGUUGGUGGUGCAACUAGAUCGGAGCUACGAGUGUGUCACAAGUUAACAGAUAAAUUGAAGAGAGAAAUCGUUCUAGGUUCAUCUUGUCUUGAUGAUCCUCCGCAGUUCAUUACGAAACUGAAGCUGCUGACAACAAAUGAGCUCUCAUUGGAUGAUCUUGAAAUUUAGGGAUGAUGCAUUUGUGGUUGUUGCAUGGUUUUCUGUUUGUAAUCUUGUAUGUAAUUUUUUUUAACGGCUAAUUUUUCCCCUUAAAUACUUACAUCUCCCAACGAUUGAACGUUGGUCUCCCAACAAGAGAUAAUUCCUCUUGACCACUAGGCUAUAACCUAAGUGGCUACUAUUGGGAAACUGAUUUUAAAACGAUUAAUGUUGGUUCCCUCGAAACAACUUUUUAUAAAUAUGUUGUAUAUUUUUUUUACAAAAAUAUUGGAACUAUUAUAUUUUGUUUU